CGUAUAAUACACAGUUCAAAGUAACUCGACUAAAAGGACCCCUUCAUCGCCUAAACAUUGAACAAAGUGCAAGUGACUCACUCACAAAAGACACCUUUCACAAGCACUUGUGAAUCGCUUCAGGCUCAGAUAACCAGUACUUGCUGCAUCCGAAGUCGGGCGUCUUGGGGUUCGUGUUCCGUUUGGUAAUUACACUCAAGCAUUUACACCACAGCUGCACCUCGGCUCCUUCAGGAACACCUCUGAGAUACAGGAUCGCAUAUCAAAUCAUAUCACAAUGUCGUCCCCCUCAGUCAUCGACCACUCCCCCCACGAUUCCGCUCCUUCGCCCUUGGUGCCAACCGCCUCCAACCUCAUCCUCAUCGACAACUAUGAUUCGUUCACCUGGAACGUCUACCAGUAUCUCGUCCUCGAGGGCGCCAAGGUGACCGUCUUCCGCAACGACCAGAUCACCAUCGACGAGCUCAUUGCAAAGAAUCCCACCCAGCUCGUCAUCAGCCCGGGUCCCGGUCAUCCCCGCACCGACUCCGGUAUCUCGCGCGAUGCCAUCAAGCACUUUGCCGGAAAGAUCCCCAUCUUUGGUGUGUGCAUGGGUCAGCAGUGCAUCUUUGACGUCUAUGGCGGCGAUGUGAGCUUCGCCGGUGAGAUCUUGCACGGAAAGACCUCCCCUCUUUGCCACGACGGCAAGGGCGCAUAUGCUGGUCUGUCCCAGGAUCUGCCAGUGACGAGAUACCACUCUCUUGCCGGUACUCAUGUCACCCUUCCCGAGUGCUUGGAGGUCACCUCUUGGAUUGCGAAGGAGGAUGGUUCCAAGGGCGUUAUCAUGGGUGUCCGCCACAAGGAGUACACCAUUGAGGGUGUUCAGUUCCACCCGGAGAGUAUUCUGUCCGCCGAGGGUCGUGGCAUGUUCCGGAACUUCCUUCACAUGCAGGGAGGCACUUGGGCGGAGAACGAGAUGCUUCAAAAGGAGGCCCAGGCAAAGGCCUCCAGCACAAACGGCACCUCCACUCCCAAGAAGAGCAACAUCCUCCAAAAGAUCUAUGCCCACCGCAAGGUUGCCGUGGAUGCCCAGAAGCAGAUUCCUUCCCUGAGACCUUCCGACCUCCAAGCCGCUUACAACCUGAGCAUCGCCCCUCCUCAGAUCUCUCUUGUCGACCGUCUUCGCAACUCCCCCUUUGAUGUCGCUCUUGCCGCCGAGAUCAAGAGGGCAUCUCCCUCCAAGGGUGUCUUUGCGCUUGAUAUCGACGCCCCGUCGCAAGCUCGCAAGUAUGCGCUUGCCGGUGCUAGUGUCAUCUCGGUCCUGACCGAGCCAGAGUGGUUCAAGGGCAGCAUCGAUGACCUCCGUGCCGUGCGCCAGGUUCUCAACGGCAUGCCCAACCGGCCCGCCGUCCUCCGCAAGGAGUUCAUCUUCGACGAGUACCAGAUCCUCGAAGCCAGACUCGCCGGUGCCGACACCGUCCUUCUUAUCGUCAAGAUGCUCGAGUACGAGCUCCUCGAGCGCCUCUACAAGUACUCCCUCUCUCUCGGCAUGGAGCCCCUAGUCGAGGUCCAGAACACCGAGGAGAUGGCCACGGCCAUCAAGCUCGGCGCGAAGGUCAUCGGCGUCAACAACCGCAACCUCGAGAGCUUCGAAGUCGACCUCGGCACCACCGGUCGCCUCCGUAGCAUGGUCCCCAGCGACACCUUCCUCUGCGCUCUCAGCGGCAUCAACACCCACCAGGACGUUCUCGACUGCAAGCGUGACGGCGUCAACGGCAUUCUUGUCGGUGAGGCCAUCAUGCGUGCCCCUGACGCCACCCAGUUCAUCCGUGAGCUCUGCGCCGGCCUGACCGGCCCCGCGCCCAAGUCCGCCGCCGAGCCGCUCCUUGUCAAGAUCUGCGGCACGCGUUCUGCCGAGGCCGCCACGGAAGCCAUCAAGGCCGGUGCCGAUCUCGUGGGCAUGAUCAUGGUACCAGGCACUAAGCGCUGCGUCGAUCACGAGACCGCCCUAUCUAUCUCGCAAGCCGUGCACAUGAGCAAGAAGACUGGAUCCACCGAGGCCUCCUCGCAAGGCUCCAAGUCCGCAAGGGAUUUUUUCAACAUCAACGCCGAGAUUAUCCGCAAGCGGGGACCUCUGCUGGUCGGUGUCUUCAUGAACCAGCCGCUUGAGGAGGUUCUCGAGAAGCAGCGCCUCUACGACAUCGAUAUUGUCCAGCUUCACGGUGACGAGCCGCUCGAGUGGGCCAACCUUAUCCCAGUCCCUGUUAUCCGCAAGUUCAAGCCCGGUCAAGUCGGUCUUGCUACCCGUGGAUACCAUGCCGUGCCGCUGCUGGAUUCGGGCGCCGGGUCCGGCACGUUGUUGGACUUGGACUCUGUCAAGAAGGAGCUGGAGAAGGAUGAGCUGGUUACUGUUCUGCUUGCUGGUGGACUAGAGCCUGGCAAUGUCGCUGAGACGGUAAAGUCUCUGGGGGCUCUGGGUGAAAGAGUGAUUGGUGUCGAUGUUAGCAGUGGGGUUGAGGAGGGAGGCAAGCAAAGCUUGGAGAAGAUCAGGGAGUUUGUUAAGGCUGCCAAGUCUGUCAGGUAAAAAGUUUAUGGGGGUCAAGGUCCGAAAAUGAAGUCUGUUUCGGUUGGUACCGCUAUUAUGCAUCCCCCCAAAGGCGAAACUGUGAUUAUGUUCAUGGUUCAGACGGCUCAGAAUUCGAAUGUGACAGAACUGAUAUGGAUUGCUAGAGAAGACCUGGGAGGGAUAUACUGACCCUUGUUCUUUGUCCCAAUAUCAUACCGGGACAUUCUCAACGCUCAAAGGACAGAGACACUACGGACUUCCAGACCCUAGACACCGCCUGUACCACAAUGCUUUUGUUUGUUGUUUCGUCGACAAAGCAGUAGCGAGACAACAUCUAGACUCUUCAUCACGAAGGAGGGAGAAGGCC